AUAAGAAACUAUCACAAUUUUAACUUAUUGAAGUAGUCAAUUAACAAAUGAUUUUGAAAAGUCUGACACCAGCGUCAUUAGCCCCUGGUAGUGCCGCGAAUAUCAAAUCAAAACUCCAAAACGUUUCCAGUUUAGCCAAUCAAAAUCAAUGUUUCAUUCAGACUUCGGAUCUCAGUUAACCAAUCAGGUGAUUGGACGAUAACACCGGAAAUAGUCGCUGGUAAUUGUAUAUUCAUAAACUGGGGAAACCCUUGGCGAAGUAGACACUGGCUGUGGCAUUUCUUCGUUAAUGUUUACACAUAUUUCCGAUCCAGAUCGCAUAAUCAUUUAUUUCUUCUAAUAACUGCUGAUGGGAACUUUAUGAUGGAUCCGCCUGGCUUGCCUCCCGAGGUUAUCUGGGAGUAUCAGUUUCGUCUGAUUUUAAUCGGCGACUCGACCGUUGGAAAAUCAUCGCUUCUCAGACGAUUUUGUGACGGUAAAUUCGUUGAGUUUUCUGACCCGACAGUCGGAGUUGAUUUCUUCGCAAGGCUGCUGGAAGUUUCCCCAGGAAUACGGGUGAAGUUGCAGCUCUGGGACACAGCCGGACAGGAACGAUUCAGAUCAAUCACAACUUCUUAUUAUAGGAAUUCCGUUGGUGGAAUGCUCGUCUAUGACAUUGGAAACCGAGCAAGUUUUGAGCAUUUACAAGACUGGUUGGAAGAGGCAUUCGAAAAUGUCAAUCCGGAUAAAAUCGUCUUCAUGGUCAUAGGACAUAAAGCCGACAUAGAGGACCAACGUCAAGUGCUACGUGAGGAAGGCGAAAAAUUCGCCCAAGCUUACGGCAUGAAAUACAUGGAAACCUCCGCAAAGACUUGUCAGAACGUGGAAGAGGCAUUCAAAAGCAUUAGUCAUGACAUUUAUACUAUGGUAAAAAGCGGCCAACUUGCGGUGCGCGAAGGAUGGGACGGGGUAAAAAGCGGGUUUUUUCCCCGGCAUACACUGCAUCUGCAGGAGCCACGAGGAGAGCCGCAUAAAGUUUGUUGUUGAUGUAUUCUCAAGUAUUCCAUUACUUCUCUGAAACUUAUUUCUCCUGGUUAUCAAUCAGUUCUUCGUUUUGUAUGUAAACGUAAUAUUUUGAUUUCUAUAUGGCAAAUCGCUUGUUUCAAAUUUUGGAAAGGUUUAUAAAUCUCAAAAAAAAAAAAUCAUAGAA